AUGGCCACCUUGCUGGACCCCCAACGCGUGGCCCAGCUCAUGCUCUCUUGGCUCAACCUCGACCUCGUCUCCUGCACCGAGCUCCAGACUCUGUGGGCAGGUUACGGCCACAUUUGCGCCAUCGAGGCACGGCCGACCACACCACCAGACACAAUACAAGCCGGCACCUCAGCCUCUUCUCCGCUCCGCCUUGUCCUCAAGCUCAUCUGCCCCCCGUCGGUCCGGCCUGGCGACGAGGGACACCUGCGCAAGAUGCUCAGCUACGAGGUCGAGCAAUACUUGUAUGACGAGUUGGCGCCCCAUCUCAGGAACGACGUUGCCGUCGCGCGCUGUCUGGCCUCGACGCGGUCCUCGCGCGACAGAGCUGUUGCCGACGGCAUUCAGGACCUCACGGCUACCCUCUUGACCGACUUACGACCUCAAUUCCCCGUCGCCGGCCACAAGAGGUGCUUUCUCACUCCGCGCCAGGUGAAAGCUGCUCUUGAGUGGCUGAGCCGCUUCCAUAGCAGCUCCUGGGGCUGGCUGCCGCGAGACCUCGACCAAUUUGUCCUGCCGCCGCUCGAGGAGGCGAGGCGGCGGCAACUCGGCCGUCGUGCCCAAGGUAAGGGCUUGUGGCUCAACGGAGGGUACACGUAUCUCGCCACCCGGCGCAAGGAAUACGCUGCUCUUGCCGCCGACGACGAGUCGGAAUGGUCCGUCGCCUUUUGUCGUCCUGCCCCGGGCUUGUUAUCGUCCGUGGCCGAGUUGGCCGCCGACUUUCUCACCCCCAGCGGCCGGCCGUUUGAAACAUGCAUCCAUGGGGACGUCAAGUCUGAGAAUCUUUUCUCCACUGACUCGGGUGACCGCGUCGCCUUUUUUGACUUCCAGUACGCCGGGGUUGGCUUGGGCGUCUGCGAUCUUGCCAAGCUUUUGACCUGCUCUGUUCCCCUCGACAUGCUUACCGACGUGCAUGUCAUCCCGGCCGAGCUGCCGAUGGGUCAGGGCGAGAAGGUCUUGCUAGAUCAGUACCGGGCUCUCCUCCUAGACCCUCAACCGGGAAAGACGACGCCGGACUAUGGCUGGGAUGAGUUUUCUCGCCACUGGGAGACGGCCCUCGUCGACUGGUGUCGGUUCCAGGCGUCCUGGGGAUUCUGGGGAAAUACGGACUGGCUUCAGGCUCGAGUCAGAUGCAUCCUCAGGGACCAGGGUUGGCGCGAUUGGCUUGAGCGGCAGGCGAAGGGCACUGCCGACGGCGCGGCGUGA